AUGCCUCCAAGGAAGCUGAAAGGAGCUGCUAAGGCUUCGUAUAAGCGCAGGGCAUCGUCUCGUACCCCCAAACCGCCCUCCUGUCUCCUCGAAGAUGCAGCCUCACCACCACCUACAAAUACAGUCCGGAGGGAAAAACGGCCUAAGACAGUCAUCGAACUCGAAGACGAAGACGCGCCGGUUGAUACUAUCAGCAGAUUCGACGACUUCCAGGUCUUCGUUCUCGUCACUAGGCAAAAGAACCACAGGUAUCCUCAAGCACACUGGACGGUCAAUCCAGUCAAGUCUUGGGCCGACCAAGAGCAGCUUUUGAUCGAUGUCGCCCUCGAGGAGCUCCGUCAUGAUCAUAUGGUCGUCGAAGGCGUCAACAAAUACUCCCUGAAGCCCAAUAUCAGCUGGAAAGUCUGCCGUGGAAGGAGCCGGGAUGCACCAUGGUGCAGACUACGAACGGAGGACGACUGGGAAGGCUUCAUUGAUGCCGUCCACACUGAGCGCAACACACCCAAGGUCGAAUGGUCAGCUUUUAUCCUAAUCGAAACACACUACGACCCUACAAGGGCUGCUUCUCAAUUCGAGUUCGACCAGCAAACCCCGUUGCACCCCUCUCAGACUCAGUCCAGGGCCCGAAAGCCUCUCAUCCCUCGACCUAGGCACAGUGCUACCAACACUGCUCUCCAGGGCAUUUCGAAUGAACUUGCGAAUGAUCCUCAACGCUACAAAAGGAUCCUUGCUGUUCAGACCCUACAGGCUAAGCACAAAUGCGCCAAGCACCACCAGCAGUACUGCUAUGCACUCUUCGUCCAGUAUGCCUCAACUACCUACACCAGUGACUGCACCUCGAUUCGAUCUACUGCCGCUACUCCCUCAAGUCAGCCUACUCCGACCCCUACCCCAACAACCAUUGACACGCAAAUGCUCAGGGGCUCGAGCCCUCUUCAAGGGCCGGCUGCUGAUGAUUUGGACGGGUUUCUAGCCUAUGUCAAGACCAAAGUUCCGGAAUACAUCGACUUUGAUUGCCAGACGGUUCGAGAUGCAAUUAUCGACAAUGGAGUAGUGCUGGACGAUCUCAAGAACAUCGAUCCGAAUGGCCUACCGCCUGUGAAGCAUGGAUGGGUGAGGAUUAUGCGCAAAUGGUGGCCCGUUUGGAAAGGUAUCCAGCGGGAGCAGCAAUCGAAGCCUAGGGGUCCCCUAGGCCUCGAGGAGACACCCUUCGAGGUCUACGAAAGCUAG